AGUUAUCGAAGCAGUACGGCCCCAUCUUCAGCAUCCAAAUGGGAUUUCAGAAAAUGGUUAUUCUGGCGGGCUACAAGACUGUAAAGGAGGCUUUGGUGAACCAGGCAGAUGCCUUUGCGGACAGGCCCAUCACUCCAAUGUCUGAAGACUUUCACCGGGGCCAUGGCAUUGUUUCUUCUAAUGGUGAGAACUGGAAAGUGAUGAGACGGUUUGCGAUAACCACGUUGAGGGACUACGGAAUGGGCAAGAAGACCAUAGAAGACAAAAUUGUCGAGGAGUGCCAUUUCCUAAUACAGAAGUUUGAAUCUUUUGAAGGAAAACCAUUUGAGACUACUACAAUCAUGAAUGCAGCUGUUGCCAAUAUUAUAGUGUCCGUAUUAUUCCGCAAGCGAUAUGAAUACGAAGAUCCCAAAUUUAUAAGAUUACUGAACUUGUUCAAUGAAAUCGUCCGGCUCGGGGGAAGUCCCUCAGUCGUGCUGUGCAACGUGUUUCCUGCGCUGAGCUUUCUUUCUGGAGGUCGCAAGACUGUCCUUAAGAACAGGGAUGAACUGUAUGCCUUCAUAGAGGACACCAUCACAGAACACCUCAAAGAACUGGACGUGAACGACCAGAGGAGCUUUAUUGAUGCUUUCCUAAUCCAACAAGAAGAGGAAAAGAACAAGAACCAGAGCAACAGAUUUUUCCAUAAUGAAAACCUAAAAACUAUGGUGGAAAACUUAUUUGGCGCUGGCAUGGAGACAACUUCGACUACCUUGCGUUGGGGCCUGUUGCUGAUGAUAAAGUACCCUGAAAUUCAGAAGAAAGUGCAAGAAGAAAUAACAAAGGUAAUCGGAUCCGCUCAGCCACGGAUUGAGCACCGAGCAAAACUGCCGUACACAGAUGCUGUGGUUCACGAGGUCCAGAGGUUUGCUAAUAUUGUCCCCAUGAACGUGCCACAUGCCACCAGUGCAGACGUCACUCUUGGAGACUACUUCAUCCCAAAGGGAACGCUUAUCAUUCCAUUACUGUACUCUGUGCUGUAUGAUGAAUCUGAGUGGGAGAAACCAUUUAAAUUCUAUCCUGAGCACUUCCUUGAUUCUGAAGGAAAGUUUGUCAAGAGAGAUGCCUUCCUGCCUUUCUCUGCAGGUCGGCGAAUGUGUGCUGGUGAGACCCUGGCCAAAAUGGAGCUCUUCCUCUUCUUUGUGACUCUCCUGCAAAGAUUCACUUUCCAGCCAGCCCCUGGGAUGUCGAGAGAAGAUCUGGACCUCACCCCUGCAGUUGGCUUUACGACGCCUCCAGUACUCUUCAAAUUAUGUGCUUUACCACGUUCUUAACCUCCAACCAUGCUUUGCCUCCUUCUGCACACCACCCUCUUCUUCUGCACCUUUUUGCCUAAUAAGGACAUUUCAGAUUCAGCAGAACCGGACUAUGUUUUGUCACAAACCUUUGUGUUUCAUAUACCUAUCUGUAGAACCCCUACAAGCUAGAUAAGAGACAUAACUUAGUUCAAAACUUGGACUUUAAUUGGUUGCUGUAUAGAGAAAACAACAACAAUAUUUCUGUGUCUGAUUUCUUGUAUUGACACACUACAGAUGUCUUUCAAUCCCCAAAGCAACCAAAGUGAGCUACAGCAAUCAUAUCCUUCCAAGUGAGAUCCUUCCAAUGGUACCAGCUAUGUAGACAAGAUAAAUAUCGUCAGUGUUGGGUUUUACCCAUGAAACCUGUUUCACAAACAUGAAAGGCCACUUGGUUUUCUGACCCAUUUUGCUAAUUCUGGAGAUUGUUUGAGCAAUUACACUGCCUCAAGUCAGAGAAAGAUAUAUCAAACAAAGGGCACUCCUCACUGAAUGAGUAAGCAAACGCAACUGAUUUCUUGGUGAAACCAUUUUUGUGGUUGAGAAAGAGAUGCGGAAAAUGAAAGGUACUGGCUUUGAUCCAGUGGGGUGUUUCUGCAGGCAGAAGGAUUUCCUCCCAGAGAGCUCCAGACUGGCUUAGUAGAACAUUUUGAACAUUCAUUGAUCCAUUUGGCUUGCAAUCACACCAUUGCUUAGCCACCAGCUUCAAGGGCACAUCUCUCUCUUCCUUCUUUCUAUUCUUAUCAUAUGCAGACUAAUGCCCUGUUUAUGUUUUUAUGUAACUGAUCAAACACUGUGCAUAUUAAAGUUGUCAACACUAGUCAUCAUAAAAAAUAAUU